UGACAUAUGUCUAAACAGUCUAUGAUUAGAGUAAAUAAUUUACAGAAAGGAAAAAUAUUCUAGGAUGUCUUCGUCCAUAUUACGUAAGAGUUUACAAUUAUUUGAUGAAGAUGAACAACAGGAGCGGAAGGGAUGUCUGAAGGGGAAAAGAAAAGGUUCUUCAAAAGAUGUUAGAAUGGAGGACUCUUCAAAGCGAGGCAUCAAAAAGCGCAAGAAGAAACAACAUAUCUCUAAAGCCAAGACAAAACUCUCCAAGGAAUCAGCUCUAGAGACUUACAACAGAAAUAAAUCCCUGGAAUAUACUGAGGACUCUCUGUAUUAUCUCAACAUGAUUUCAAACAUUGGAGGAAAACCAGAUCCAAAGACUGUAAAUACUAUUUUGGAACAUAACAAGGGGAGGUCAUCAAAGAACCUCAAGAAAAAGGAGACCAAACCAGAAGAACAGUCUGUAUUCAGUGAAAAGGACUUUGAGGAUUUUAGGAAAGAAUAUUUAAAUUCAUGACAUAUACAUGUAUAUCUAUCAUUAUGAGAGUGUUUAAGAAAUAAGUAUUGACACUGUUUGAUACACACAUCAUUUAUCAAAUCACAAAACUACAUAUAAUACAUGUAUGGAUUUUUAAAAAAAAAUUCUGUGACUUGGCCUGAGAGAUUGCUACAUUUUGUAUUGUAAAUUCUAAUGAACAUUUCUAUUAAGAUACUUUCAUAAAUGAUGAAGUGAAAAGUCAGUACAUUUACAUUACUGAAUUUGGUUUGGUAAAGACUUCUCUAUUAUGACCCAAUUCUGAAUCAAGAAUGGAUUAAAGGUAUAUAUGACUGA